GCGCCGGAGUCUUGGAAUUAAGAACGGGACCGUUAUUCACCGUUACGCUACGAGUGACACCAAACGCACCACGGAGCGCACCAGAGCGACACACUGUCAUGUUUGCUGAUUGGAGUUCGCAUCUUUAUUAUAUAUGAAAUGCUGUUGCUUUGUGAAAAAACAUGGGCAAAAGCUACUUUCAUGAAUUUUGGGCUGCACAGAAAACCAAGGGAGUAACAACUUAACACGUCAUUAAAUGUAGAUAUAUUAAGAGUGACAUUUUUGCGCAUCAGUUGUUUGCGUAGUUUUUAAAACGCAUCGUUUUUAAAAAGGCACAGCUAUGUGUUCAAGUACUCACUUUCAUUUUUUGACAUGGAGGAGCAGAAAAGUUGUGGAAAUAUUGCAUGCUGGAUUUCUUAAUGAUCAAUGACACGAGCUUUUAAUUGUUUUAAUUGAAGUGACAGUUUCACAAUCCGACGUUCCGAUCUAGCUAUCCAUUCACAAGACGCACGCAAAACCUUCAAAGCGAAAGGAGUGUCAAACGACUUUUUUGUUUAUCACUGCAUUCAUUCAUCGCUGAUAUUCUAACUUAUUACCACCAAGAUCAACAAGUUUGUGAUGUCAUGGGCUGAUAUGGGGCCGCGCAGCUGAUCGUGUGGGGGACAAUGUCUGGACCCUGCAUCCGCAUCCCGUUUUGGGUCCGUUUGUUUCUCCUGCUGCUCCUUCAAAGCAGCGCAUCGGAGUGCAGAGUCACUGAGGGCUGUCCGGAGCUCCUCUCCAGCGGCUGCAGCUGCACGGAGGAGCGCGGUAAAGCUCACCCUGCGCCCGGAGCGCGGAGAAAAGUGAGCUGCGGUGGGAAGGAACUGACGGAGACUCCAGAAGUCAGUCUGCUCCCCAGUCGGACUGUUUCUUUAAAUCUAAGCAACAACCGCAUCCGUGUUCUGAAAAAUGGCUCCUUCGCUGGCUUGUACUCCCUCGAGAAACUGGAUCUCCGGAAUAAUUUGAUCAGCACCAUCAUGCCUGGAGCCUUUCUGGGUCUCGCAGCUCUUCGAAAACUUGACCUAUCCAGUAACCGAAUUGGCUGCCUGACUCAAGAAAUGUUCCAGGGACUUACCAACCUCACUAAAUUAAACAUCUCUGGAAAUAUCUUUUCUUCUUUGGAUCCUAAUGUCUUUCUGGAGUUACACUCUCUAAAGCUGGUGAACUUUCAUACGGAGUUCCUGUCAUGUGACUGUGGUCUGCAUUGGGUCCCUGGUUUUUUUCGUAGCGGUUCGGCCCGCCUUGGGGAUGAAACACUCUGCGCGUAUCCCAGGAGGCUUCAAAACAAACCCCUUCGUGAGCUGAGAGAGAGUGACCUCAGCUGUGAUGGUCCACUGGAACUGCAGACCCUGUCUUUGUUGCCCUCGCUGAGGCAGGUGGUGUUUAAAGGGGACAGACUGCCUUUCCAUUGUACUGCUUCCUUGGUGGACAAAAUCACUGCGUUACACUGGCAGCACAAUGGUCGGCUUGUCACCAGUGACCCUACGCAUGGGAUUCAUCUGGAAGAGAGUGUGCAACAUGACUGCACAUUCAUAACCAGUGAGCUGAUCCUGUCAAAUGUCCACAUUGAGGCGAGUGGUGAAUGGGAAUGCGUGGUGUCCACGAGCCGUGGGAAUGCCUCACGAGGUGUUGAGAUUGUGGUACUGGAGAAUAGCGCCUCUUUCUGUCCGGAGCAGAGAAUAACCAACAACCGAGGGGAGUUCAGGUGGCCUAGAACUCUGGCCGGCAUCACCUCGUACCAGUACUGUCUACAGCUGCGCUACCCCUCCUUAACUUUGGGGGGCGGUGUGGAACAGAAGAAAGCGUCACGCUACUGUGACCGUUCUGGACGCUGGGAAGAGGGAGAUUACUCUCAGUGCCUUUAUACUAAUGACAUCACGAGGGUCCUACAUACAUUCAUACUGAUGCCCAUCAACACCUCCAACGCAUUGACUCUGGCACAUCAGGUGCGUACAUACACACUGGAGGCCGUUGGUUUCACUGACACUGUAGAUGUUCUCUAUGUAGCUCAGAUGAUGCAGAAAUUCAUGGACUAUGUCACAGAACUGCGUGAGCUGUCAGAGGUGAUGGUGGAGAUGGGAAGUAACCUGAUGCAGGUAGAUGAUCAGAUCUUGGCUCGGGCCCAGAGAGAGGAAAGAGCUUGCAGUUCAGUUGUAUAUUCUCUGGAGACUCUCGCUUGGCCGCAGCUGCACUCUCACGCUCAGGAUCUUUCUAUUAUUUCUCGUAAUAUCGUGAUGGAGGCUCACUUGAUUCGCCCGGCUCAUUUUACUGGAAUGAGCUGCACGGCCUAUCAGAGACGAGAAGGGACCGGAGGGAGCCAGGUGCAUGAUGGGAUAGAGUCCCCCCUUGAACAACAGUUGCGCUUCCGCUGCACCACAGGGACACACAACACCUCACUCAAUGCUUUUCCUCUUAAGAAUGCAGUAGCUCUUGCUUCAGUGUCUCUUCCCGCGUCUCUUUUUCCUCCGACCGCUCCUCCUGAUUGUAAGCUGCAGUUUGUGGCAUUCCGCAGUGGAAGAUUCUUUCCAUUUACAGGAAAUUUCACCGCACCUUAUGACCUCGCUCGCAGACGUGGUGUCAACACUCCCGUUAUCUACGUUGGCCUUGAGGGCUGCAGCAUGUGGAAUCAGUCAGACCCCAUUAUUGUGUCACUGCGACACACAUCACCUGGUAAUGAUCCUGUUGCGGUUCACUGGAGCGUGCAGGCCCUGAAGCAUCGUGGGAGUUGGAGUCUAGAUGGCUGUCAGGUGGCCCAUACUGAUGCGUCCACUUCUACACUGCGUUGCUCUGUGCUUAGCAACUACGCUGUACUUCAGGAAAUGCCGGAUUUCCCGGGAUCCAAUGCAAUUUCAGUGGAAGUUCUCCACCCUGUGAUCUACACCUGUACUGCAGUGCUGCUUCUCUGUCUCUUUACCAUUAUCAUCACCUAUAUACUGCACCACAGUUCAAUCAGAAUCACAAGGAAGAGUUGGCAUACCCUCUUAAACACGUGUUUUCACAUCGCAAUGACGUCUGCAGUAUUUGCUGGAGGCAUCACGUUGACGGGAUACCCAAUUGUAUGCCAAGCAGUGGGGAUUGUUCUUCACUACUCCUCCUUAUCCACUUUAUUAUGGAUCGGUGUGAGUGCCAGAGUUAUCUAUAAAGAAGCUUUGUUGGGGUCUCCACAGCAGCUUGAAGGCGAGACUGCUGCACAGCCAACCCAGCGGCCCAUGCUCAGGUUUUAUUUAAUAGCUGGGGGUGUCCCACUCAUUAUAUGUGGUAUCACUGCAGCAGUAAACAUCAAUAACUAUGGAGACAACAUUCCUUACUGCUGGUUGGUAUGGCAACCCAGUUUCGGUGCUUUCUACAUUCCAGCUGGAUUGAUCAUUGUGGUGACCUGGAUCUACUUCCUGUGUACUGCUUGUUGCCUGAGGCACCAAAGUUCCAAAGAUCCUCCUUGCACCCCAACCAUCCCGCCGCCCUUGCCGGAGAGCCAACCGGCACUCGGUGGCAGCACCAGUAUGCUGUCAACAGACUCUGCGGUGGGCCCAGUGCAUGCUGCGACUGUGGUGGAAGACCAGUACUCGUUAAAGGUGCAGUGUUUGGCACUGGUGGCAACACAUUUAGUUUUUUUGGGACUGUGGUGUUGCGGCGCUAUGGCGGUUUGGCAUGUGGAUAGAGAACGUAAGCUCUUCAGCUGUCUGUAUGGGGGACUGGCUACUGGAUUGGGGAUUUUCUUGAUCCUUCAUCACUGUUUCAAGCGUCUGGAUGUCCGGACAGCAUGUCUAGGGUGUUGCCCAGGAUACCGUCAAUCCCAACCAAUGUCGGUUUAUACCCAUCCCUGUACUGUCACAGUAGGGGUCCAAAGUGCCUCCGACAGGGGCUCCCAACUUUUCGUAGCAUGUCACCUGCCGACAGACCCCAACAGUUACUCUUCUUCUGCCAGGUCCUCGUCUAAUCAAAGCGGAACAACUAGCAUCGCCGCGGGGCCUUGCAAACUGACCAACCUCCUGCAAGUGACGCAAGAAAACGCAAACAAUGCCACCCGAGGCCCAGCAGGAACUAAUACCAGCACAAGCACAGAGAACAAUGGCAACAAGCUUGCCAACAACCUUCUGCCCAGUCUGAGCAGCACACUGCCCAUCCAGCAGCCUCAAAGGAGGAAGGCUUGUGGUAGAACCAAGGGAACCAGUACCCAGUACCACCACAGAGGGGAUGGCAGAGGGCACUUCCGCCUGAAAGCUCUGCGAGCGGGCGGAGGAGGAAGUAUGGGUGCUUUAGGACCCUCGGGGACAGAACAAAUAAAUAUCCACAAUCAACACAAACAUGCUUCCAGUGAAAACGGAAGUCUACGGAAUAGCCAUUCGGAAAACCAGAACGGACUUCUGACCAAUGGACGGCACAAAGGGGAGGGACUUGCGACAAGCCCCUCGGAAGGAAGUGAUGGAGGUAGUAGUGGAAGUAGAAAGCCGUUCCCGCUGUUGCCCUCGGUGGCGAGUAGGUUUGCCCUACAGCAGAACGCUCAACGGCGCAGCAAAGACAAUCUAAAAGUGGCCGCUGCAGCUGAUAGAGAAUCCAAGCGGAGCUCGUUCCCUCUAAACGUGAUAACAAAUGACGCUGGGACGGUCAGUGCGAUGGCCUCGUUGUCAACAGUUUCGGCACCAAAUGGAACGGUAAAGGGCUCCGUGAAAGAAUUGGACACUAGUGGGACGGACCAAUCGCAAGGUUCGGUUGGUAUGAGGAGCAGGGGAUGGAAAAGCGAAACAACAGUAUAAAAAUAAGCUGUGGGUAUCAUUGACAGAAAUUACAUUUAAAGACCCCAUGAAAUCCAAAUUAGACUACAAUACAGUACCUAGGUAUCCUAACACAGUAUUUUUGCUUAGAGGUAAAUGCAAGUAUUUGUUUAAAGUAUUUCUUUUUUUUAAAUAUGGUGUAAAACAUUGAUGACUCAUCCUGCACUAUUAGCCUAUAAGUCAGUAAAAUUGAUAAGUUUCUUCCCAAUACCACUUGCAAACUAUAUAAUUAAAUAUUAAAUAGCUGAUUAUUUAUCACAGCUGUGGCGUAACUAAAGCCUACUGACUAUUUUUAAAAAUGAAAGAAGAUACAGAAACAGAAAACUAUGUUUCAUAGGGUAUUGAGUAUUCUAGGAGCCAAAGACUAAAUUUAUUUCUCCACAAGAGAAACAUUCGGCUCCUUUUAUGAUCUUCCAGUUUUUAAGUUUUUCUGUUGGUCUGUUAUAUUUCAACAGUCCACCUGAAACAUGCAAGAGCGGUUGCCAGAUAACAGUAACUUGUUUGUUGGCAAUGCUUUUAGUGGCUCUGAAUGUCGGAUGAAGGGCGUUAUGAGAAGUUAAAUGAGGCUAUUUUAUGCAUAUGAGCAUAUGCAAAUGUGGAAGAGCUGGGGUAACAAAAUAUGCAAAAUCGGUUUUUAUGUGUGCUUUUGUUUGUCUUUAACACCACUUAAUCUAAUUAUUAAAAGUAAUGCAUUAAAAUCAUUUAAUUUUGCCAAUGGAUCUGAAGUUUUAAUCUUAGGACAACAAUCAGGUUGGAUUUCAGCUACGCUUCUUUGAUGGUUUUUUUUCUCUCGUCUGUGUUAAUGUUUGUUGUUUGUUUUUAUUCACACAUUUUCAUUUAUGUGUCUGUAAAAAUGUACAUUAUGUGUUAUGUAUGUAUUGUUCGACCAUUACAGUGUUAUUCAUUUUUGUUAACUCAGCACUAAGUAGCUAUUGGUAUCCUUUGGUCAGUCUGACACAAAUGUGGAAAACAAAGACUUGACACAGAUAAUCACCCAGGCCAAAAAUGUCCAUCCUAUGUUAAUUGGUACUGGAAAUGUAAAUCAUUUUUCACUGAUAAGAAGUUUUAGCAAAAAGUGAACUUUUCAAGGUGAAUAGCAUCCCUAUAGUUGAUUUAUAGUGCCCUCUGUUGGGUAGUUUCUGCAAUUAAUCAAAUGCACUGAUAAUGAAUGCUGUUAUUGGACAGAUUACAUCAACAAAACUUUCAUGGUCACUCCAUUGUUACUGAUGGAUUUGAUGAGAAAGGACACGCUUAUUUUGUUGUAGUACCAUGUAAAACAUGGACUUUUUAAGCACUUGGUUUAGGCCUGCCUUAACCUGAUGACCUGAAGAGAGAAUUAGAGAUAUUCUUAUAAAUAAUUAUGUAUUUAUAAUAUACAUAUCAGUAUUAGUGUUUUUGUCUAAUACUAAUGUAAUUAUCAUUACGCAAUUUAUGAUAUUCAGUAAUGUACAUUAGAUUGGAGGCCUAAUCAUUUUUUUAUAAUCUUUUUCAUCUAAAAGCACAGUAUCGUUUCAUUAAAGGUCUGCAUACAUACAUCACUGUUUUUUGUUUCACCAGAUAUAAAAAACACAUUUAAUUCAGCUCAAAAUUUACAAAGAAUUCACAAUUGACCAAGAACUGAAGGAAAAAAAUAUAUCCAAAAAAGUCACAAGGUUUAAAAAGUCACAUUUCCUGUCUUUAGCUUAAACUUCAAAAUAAAAUUAUGUUUAAUGUGUCAGGUAUGUUGCAUGUGCCAAAGAGUCUUAUGGUAAUAAGAACAUUAGAAAUAAGAGCUCUUAUAGAGACAAUUCGCCCCCUACAAGCCAGACACCUCCGUAAACAUUUAUUAAAUAUUAAAAGAUCAUUAUAUUGUGACAAUAGAACUAAUCCUCCCUUUUUCUAAAUCAAAUCCGUAAAGCAUUUAAUUUCAUGGUGACAUCAUUAUUUUUACUGUUUAUUGUGAAGGCUGAUAAAGAUUGAACACCCCCGUGUCAUUAUAGAUUUCAUAUUCUGUAUUAUUUGAGUUGUGUAUAAUUCAGAUUUGUUUUUAGUAGUGCAAAAUAACCUAUACAGUCAAAUCACAAUAGGACUGUGGUCUUUAUUCUUUAAAAUAACUUUUUAAAUGUUAAUGGUUUAUGUGACUGUGUGAUAUUUGCAUGAACAAUUUUCUUUGCCUUUGGCUAUAGGCCCAGCGCUUCUGGUCAGUAAAAGUUCAGUGUUAUUCUAAAUAUUGUUUUGAUUGCUAAAAAGGGGAGCUUUCAAUAAUACAUAUGUAUUUAUAUUUUUGUCAGUCACUUCAAUAUGAAAAUGAUAGCAAAAUUUUUGUAUCGAUUUCAAUAAUAUAUUUGCUCCAGAUUGUGCCUUAUCAAUGACCUGAUGCAAAAUAAAGGUAGGCCUAUUGAGAA